AUGGACGACCAACAGCCUCGCUUCAUCAUUGGGCAUCAUGAUCCCCGGAGACCAAUACCAGUAACCGUCGAGGCCAUUCAAGAUGCGCACGCCGCCGAUUAUGACAUGCUGACAAGUCCCAUUACAACACCACAAUUCCAAUCUCGAGUCCUGGCACUACUUUCUUCAACUCUGUCAACUCAUACAGAAGAAGACAUUACAAAAACCAAGAAUGCUUCCCCUGUUACCAUUCCUUCUCUGACCCCAGCCGAUACUCCCUUGACCCCGGAUGAAUCCAUCAGUCAACUCAUUGGAGUGACCAGCUCCUGGAUCGACCUGAGUUCUCCAGACCCCAUCAUUGCCGAUGUGUCUCGUCAGGUUUUGAAGCUGGAACUCGCCUAUGCUGCUUUCUGUGGCAUUACGUACGCAUUGAUCCCUGGCCCUCGUCUUCGCGGACAAGGCGUGUCGGAGAGCGGCUUUGCGCAAUACGCGCGAGCUAUCCAAGAUGCAUUGGCGCAAGGACCUUAUAUGCAGCUGUACAUCUGGCUGCCCAUGAUCGACGACUCGGAAGACCAGACCGAGGAGAUGGGCGAUCUGGCACCAUUUGCUCGGCCGGAAUUCUUGGAUCAAGUCGACGGUGAAACCAAAAGAUUGGAUUUGUUUGGUUCUUGGGAAGCUUGGGACAUGAUCCGAUCGAUAUGUAAAUAUCCUUCUAGGUUAUGCGUAGCCUUAUCAAUUCCCAAGCUUCUCCCGCCAGUUGCCAUCCAGUCACGGUGGUAUUCCGAACCCGUCCGAUUACUCACUUUCGACGCCAAAGUCUUCUCCAAGAACGCCAAAGGCUACCCUGUGCUCUCGCGAGCUCACCAGGCCUUGAUCAGCCGGUUCAUCCGUCUCCGCAGUGCUCCGUGGGUUCUGCUGUGCGACGUCGGACCGAUCCCUGGUCAGACCACAGAUGGAAAUGGGACCAAUGUCUCGGCACCAGGCUCCGCCGGCGGAUUUCCCACCCUCGCCGAAGCAGCAGAUACUAACAGUCGACCAUUGAAAGAUCCAACACCUCAUCUGUCGUACAUGCGCAACCUGCAGACAAAGCAACCAGUCCAAACAGCACUGGACAGGUUUGGAGCUGGCUACCAGGACUACCUACAAACCCCACUGCAGCCACUAACAGUGAAUCUGGAAAGCAUCACGUACGAAGUGUUUGAGAAAGACCCAAUCAAAUAUGCAUGGUACGAGCGCGCCAUUGCGCGCGCGCUACACGACUGGAUCGAACAAGGCAAGCCGACAUCCAACCCUGAUGGACGAGUAGUGGUGGCCGUCGUGGGAGCCGGACGUGGUCCACUGGUGACUCGCGCCCUCAAGGCCAGUGAGGACGUCGGUGUCGAAAUCGACAUGUGGGCAUUGGAAAAGAACCCCAACGCGUUUGUGCUGCUGCAACGGCAUAAUGAAACGACAUGGAAUCAUCGAGUCAAUUUGGUCAAAUCCGACAUGAGGACGUGGCGUGGGCCGAUCAGACCAGCCAAUGCGCACCAACAUGCUCGUCGGGUCUUUAAUGUUGACGGUGAUGGCGAGGACGAUAACGAUGUCGCAAAGAAGAACGACGGCGAACCUCAAUCUUUAUCCGUUCAAACGACAUUCACCGGUUCACCAUCUCUAGACUCGACCUAUCUCCUAGCCACGAGCCAAAACCCAUCUGCAACGCCGACGCCAUAUAAAAUCGACAUAUUGAUCUCGGAGCUUCUUGGAUCCUUCGCAGACAACGAACUAUCGCCCGAAUGUCUGGACGGCGUGCAACAUCUGUUGAAUCCCGUGCACGGCAUUUCCAUCCCCGCCUCGUACACGGCCCACAUCACUCCGAUUGCGGCUCCCAAGCUGCACGCCGACAUCAAGCACGGAAUGAGCAGUUCGAACCCUAACGCAGCGGAAAUUCCAUAUGUGGUCAUGUUGAAUGCGAUUGAUUAUUUGAGCACGACUCCAAACUCUGAGUCUGAAUCUCAAUCUCCGGCGUCGUCGUCCUCGCCGACUCCGACUCCAACUCCCAUCAUCGGCACAACAUGGUCAUUCCAGCAUCCGAACCCAUCCUUACCUCAAGCUUCUCCUUCUGAAUUAUCAAACUCAGUACCAUCCAUAACCAACGCCCACAACGCCCGCACCAGCACGUUGACAUUCCCCAUCCCCAACCGCGGCACAUGCCACGGCAUAGCAGGAUACUUUGAAACCGUGCUGUACAAGGGCGUCGAAUUGUCCACGAAUCCGAAUACCAUGGACGCAAAGAGUGAGGGGAUGAUCAGUUGGUUUCCGAUUUAUUUCCCAUUAAAGACCCCCCUCUUCUGCCCCGACAAAUCCGAAAUGACAAUCACCAUGUGGCGCAAGACGGACGAUCGAAAAGUGUGGUAUGAAUGGAUUGUCGAUGUAUUUCUACCUCAGUCCAUCUCGGCGGACCAGGGCUCGGGGUCACAAUCACAAACACAAUCCCACUCGCAAUCCCACUCGCACCAACAAACGAAAAAAGCUGGAAAUGGAAGAAAUCCCCGUCGCAUCCGUAUCGGCGGGAGUGAGCUCCAUUCGUCAGAGAAGGAGGCUUGUUUGAUGUGA